GCCAAUGUCCUAUUCUCCUACAGCGGAGAUGUCAAACUGGCCGACUUCGGUGUGGCCGGGCAAUUAAACUCCAGUAUUACCAAACGCGGUUCCUUUGUAGGCACUCCUUUCUGGAUGGCCCCAGAAUUGAUACAGCGAUGCGCCUAUGAUUUCAAGUUGGCCAAGGGCGAACCUCCCAAUUCCGAUUUGCAUCCAAUCCGUGCCUUGCUUUUCAUACCGCACAACCCGCCUCCCCAGCUCACCGGUGAUUUUAGCCGUCAGUUCCGAGAUUUCGUGGAGUCGUGUUUGACCAAAGUCCCGGAAAACAGGCCGACUGCGCACGAACUAUUGCGGCAUCCUUUUAUCAAACGAGCCCGAAAGAACAGUAUUUUGCAGGAGCUGAUCGAACGGUAUCGUCGGUGGCGGGAAGAAGGCAGCGAUGACGAAGGGGAUUCAGACGAUGAUGGUCUUUCUUCCGAUGCUUCGAAAGAUAAGCAGAAGAAACACCGCGAGGGCAAUUCACAGAACAGCUCAGCAGAAACUCUCAAAUGGAUUUUCGACACAGUCCGUGCUUCACCGGCCGCCCCGGCUCCUACAGCUAUAGGCAAUUCCCAAACACCCGAAACCGUAGCCGUCGCUCCUGCACCCGUAUCAGCGACUCAUCCCGCUGUCCUCCCGGCUGCGGGGGAACCUCGUCAGUCGAGCAACGUAUCUUCCUCCUCCUCUUCCUCCCCGUCCCGAAACCCAAUUCCACAAGACAGGAGGCGUGGAUCCGAUCCCUCAAUAAAUAGUCAUGCUCCACACAACAAUCAGCAACCGCAGAUCGUUCAUCCUCAGCAACGAAGUUCACCACAAUCCAUUCCUAUCCCGGCCAAAGCGGGCAAUGUUAUUCCAGUCACACGUCCGCUCUUAUCCACUACGGUUCCCAACUCGUCCUCCCCAGGCCACAGUGGAUUUCCGAAUCACGGACCGGGUGCCUUGGUGUUCCACACAACACAGCAGCAACAGCAACGACAACAACAACAACAGCCUCAAAUAAAACGUAUUUCCGUACCGGAAUUCGCUGUUAGUCAAGGGGGCGUACGUCCCGUUUAUGCUCCUGGGCCGGGAGUUCCCGUAGUGCGUCAUGCACAGCCAACCGUCGUGCUGGUGGAUGAAACUCCAAAGAAUGUGAACAGACAAGUUAAAUCUUUUAUCGAUCGCGGGUCUCAGUACACGGAUACUUUGGUCCAUCCCCAUUUGGGCUCCCAUCCUCGAUCGGUAUGCCUGCAUCAGCACAUAUUGCCACUCCUGGAGAAUUUACGUGGGGUGUAUGAUCAGAUUCGGAAUGGUGCGGCCGACUCCAUCGAUGAAUUAGUUUCUGCAUUCGAGGCAGUUGAUUCUGCGUCGCCGCAGUACACCACAAAUUUUCUCGUCGAGCUUCUCAGCCGUGCACUGGAUAGCAAUCCCCGGAUUUCAAGUAACGUGAAGCGUCGCGCACUAGAUCGUCUAAAGACUGGCUCAUCCUAG